AUUAUUCUUGACAUAUUUGCGAUUAAUGAUUUUAAAAUUUUGAUUUGACUGAUGAAUUGACCAAAAUCUAAUUCUAAAAUUUGAACCUCAAGGUAAUACAUUUUGGUCACUAGCAAUAGGCGUAAAGUGAAAAAAAUGGAUGCAGGAUUUUUCAGGGGCACCAGUGCCGAGCAAGAUAAUCGUUUUGCCAACAAGCAAAAAAAGUUGUUGAAAUCGAUGAAAUUUGCAGACGGUUUGGAGAGCAAGAUUGAUAUGAACAAGAUCAAUGUGGAAACAAUUAAACCUUGGAUUACGAAGACAAUUACUGAAAUGCUUGGCUUUGAAGAUGAUGUCGUCAUUGAAUAUGUUUUUAAUCACCUGGAGGAAAGAUAUCCUGACCCAAAGAAUCUUCAAAUAAAUCUCACUGGAUUUUUGAACGCCAAGAAUUCUAGACUUUUCCUUGGACAAUUGUGGCCGCUUCUUACAUCAGCACAAGAAAGUGCUACUGGUAUCCCUUUGUCUUUUAUGGAACAAAAGAAAGAAGAGAUAAAACUUCGCCAGGCUGAAGCGGAAAAGAUAGCUGCCUUAAUAAAGGCUUCGGAGAAAAAGGAUAAAGAGAAAAAAAGAAAAACUAAGAGAUCUCGUAGUAGGUCCAGAUCAAGAAGUCGUUCCAGAUCAAGAGACCGGCAUCGUUCCAGAAGAAGUAGGAGAUCAAAGUCUCCACAGAAAGGCAAAAAAUCAGAUAAAUAUAAAGAAAAAUCAACUGAGAGUAAGCAGAAGGACAAACAGGAAAAUGAUUCUAAAGAUAAGAAAGAAGAUGAGGUAGAAAAAGUAGAUAAAUCUGAUGCGGCAGGAGAAGUAUAUUUCCAAGUUGGAGAAGAAAGGAAGGAUUCAACAGAAAAUACUGGUGAUAUAAAGCAGGAGAAAGGAGAUGAAGAGGAGAAGAUGGAAACAGAUAAUCAUGAACAACCUUCGACUGAAAAUACCAUUUCUACUGAAAAUGGUGACAAGAGUGAAGAUGUAAAGAAAGAAGAUGAGACCAAAGAAGAAAAAGAUGAAGCUACUGAAGAAACCAGUGAGAAGAAAGAGGAUACUGAGAAAAAGCCUGAUGAUGCAGAAGUGUCACAAAGCAAAAAACAAUCCAGGAGUGAGCCCCGGAACAGAAAAUCACGUUCUCGGUCCCGAUCCCGUCCUCGUCGAUCCUAUUCCAGACGAUCAAGAUCGCGAGAUUAUGACAGGUCGAGAUAUCGCAGGUCUUAUCAUCAAAGCUCAAGUCGCUCAUACGUGAGGGAUAGAAGACGCAAUUCAGUAGAAAGACGACGAUCUCGUUCCAGAGAAAGGCAAAGAGAAGAUGAAUCCCGGAGACGUCAGCGAAAGAGAACUGCCUCUUCUUCAUCAUCAUCCAGUUCGAGAUCAUCUUCAGCUGAAAAGAAAGAUUCUAGCAAGACGUUGGACUCUGGUGGAAAGAAGGUUGAUGAAGUGAAAGAGAAAACCGAAGAUUUAAUGAGUGAAAAAGGCGAAAACCAGGCUGCUGCUGUCGACAAAGACGCAGAGAAUGUGAAUGAUGGAAAAGCUGAAAAUGAGGAAUCACAAAAAGAAAUUGACACUGAAACUAACAAAUCGAAUGAAAAUGAUAAUAAAGAUUCACUACAGAAACGACGCCAGUAUAGAGCUAGAAAAACUCAAUCUUCAGAAGACUCAUCUAGUUCAUCUGAGGAAGAAGCAUCUAAACCGCCACCAAGAAAGAGAUCCCCUUCACCAUCCAGAAGACAUAGACGCAGAUCAAGAUCUCGAAGCCGGGAAAGAUCUCCACCAAGAAGAUACAUGGAUCACCAUCGUAGAAGAGAUUACCAUUAUUCCAGGGAACGUCGCUACUCUCCGGUAAGGCCUCGAUACCGUAGAUCACCUUUUGACAGAUCACGAGAGAGAAACAGGAGCAGAUCGCCAAGGAUGCAUAGUUCAGCAAGUGCCAGGAGACGUUCUCAUGAGAGAAUGAGAGUAAAUUCUGAACGUAGCCGAUCACGAAGAUCUGAAGAACGUCGUAGGUCUAGAAAAGAAUCUGAUAGAAAAGAAUCAAGAUCAGACAAAGAUGAUUUGUCUUCAGAAAAUGAUCAAAAAAUGAAAAAGGGAGUAGAGGCAAGAAAAACUUCUGAACAUGAUCGAAGCGAGUCAUCUGAUUCACCAAGUGACAAGGAUGAAGAAGUGUCGAGGAAGCUUAAAAAGGCAGAGAAAAAAAUGAAAAGAAAGGAAAAGAAAAUGAAAAAGAAGAGAAAGAAGAAUAAAAAAGAAAAGAAGAAGCAUUCCAAGAGAAAGAAAGCAAGCCAAGAAAAAGAAGAAUUAAGUGAUGACGAAACGACUUCCAAGAAGUAUAAAAGUCCGAAAGCAAAGCCUGUACGAAAAGAAGAAAGUUCUGAGGAAAUGUCAAGUGGAGAGGAGGAAAAAUCAGUUGAAAGAGAACAACAAGAUGCUUCAUCGCCUUCUCACGGAGAAGAAAAGUGUGUUCCAACUAAAUCAUCCAAAGUCAGAGUUCAAAGCAAGAAAGUACCUGAACCUUCCGACGAAAGUAGUGAUGAGAAGUCAUCACCAAUCAUGGAGAAAAAAGUAAAACCGGUUAAACCAACUAAAAAGGCGAAAGAAGUUAAUGUAAAGAAUACUGUGAGAGAACGACCAAAAGAUGAACAACGUAAACCUACUGAAAGUGAUGAAGAGUCUUCAGAAUACGAGGAAGAAGUCAAGCCUGUUCCUGUAAGAACAAGAAAGGAAUCAAGCUCAUCUGAUGAUAGUGAAAAAGAAAGAGAAAAAAAGAAAUACCUGAAAAUAAAUGUGGCGAAGAGGCAGAAAGAGGCAAGACCUAGUGAGGUUACUCAGGAACGUGGGAGAAAGAAGUACUCUGAUUCUGAUUUGAAAAGUCAACAUCAAAAACUGAAGGCACGAAAGCGUUCUAAUGAAGUUAUGUCAAAACAACCGACAAAAAGAAAGACUAAAGUAUCUUCCAGCAGCGAGAAGAGUAGCGAAGAAGAGGAAGGCGAAAAGGCGAAAUCAGCUGUAAAUCAAAAUACUGCUCAGAGCACAGGAUCAUCUGAAUCUGAGUCUUAUUCUGAAAAUGGAAGGCAACAAGUAAAAGAAAAGAUGGUUGUUCAGGAACAGAAGAGGAAAAAAAGUCAUAAAGAAACAACACCAUCCGAAUCUUCAGAGUCUGGUAGUGAUGAAGAUGAUUCUUCCGAGUCGGAAAGUAGGGAAACAAAGCAUAUUUCUGUGAGAGAAAGAAGUAAUCGCAAACAAGUAAUUUCCAAACCCCCUGUGAGAGUUCGUAAGAAGCCUGCACAACGCUCGCCAUCCACCUCUUCUUCUGAAGAAGAGGAAGCAUCACCAAAAGCAGUGAAGAGAUCUUCAGGAAGUCCAAGAAAUGUUAGGCGUUCAGUGUUGGACAAACAGGCUCACAAGAAGGAGCAGAGAAAAACGCCAUCUCCACCUGCUAAAGUGCGAAAAUUAAAGCAUCCUUCAUCCUUGGCGUCUGCUGCACAUUCCAGAAAAAAGCAGUACAAGAGCAGUUCCUCUUCUGAAGAUAGUCCUCAGCCUAAAAAUCAAACAAAAGUCACACCUGCUAAAAAAAGUCGAAGGAAACAAGAGCCUGUUACAGAGUCGUCAUCCCAAAGUAGCAGUGAGGAUGAUUCAGAACCCCCUGUUGAUGAAAAGAAAUUAAGGCGUAAGGCAUUAGCAACUUUGCACAGAAGACGCUAGUGGUGAUUCUUUACCUAUGACAUUUCUGUUGUUUUGUUGCUCGUUUUAAGGAAGGCGAUUUGUUAAAAGCAUUAUUGAACGUCAACUCCAGAAACUUAGUUGAUGAUAAGUGCAUGCUAGUAAAACUUUCUUUGUUAUUCUCCUGAUCCUUACAACGUAGUGCUUCAGUCAGUCCUUGUUUCAUGGGUUUAGAACUAGUUUUUCUAAAUCAUAAUGUAAUAGGAAUCGUUAUAGAAGAUGCUGUUUUGGCAAUUUGACUUAGGGAAGCUGUUUCAGCAUCAGUGCUGAGUGGAUUUUUUUUUAUUAACCACUCGAAGUCUAGGAUUCUCUAUCAUGACUGCCAUAUGUCUGAACCAAAUUCCAACGUCAAAAGUUAUCUCCCGUUUUUAGACUCGAUUCUUGUAUGAUAGCUAUGUACUUUUCAUAUCCUUCAUUCAUAAGAUUAUUAGAAAUGAUAUGAAAUGUAAAGAUGAUAUAUCUGUCGAUUCUAAUAUAUUGGCCGUCGUUUGCAAUUCUGUCACCAGUGACCUGUGCUCCUUCAUGUGUUAUUGGAUGAAAGUUUGGAUUUUGAUGAACAUUAAAACUGUAUCCAGAGUUAAAGUAAACCUAACCAUCCUUUUAUAAGAUACAAGUUCGACGUCUCCAGUAAUCAUGCCCCUGGGUUGCAACAUCAAACAUUUUAACAUGUUUUUAUUUUUGUUUGAGGUGUGAAAGGAGAAAUUACAAAUUUGUGACAAAAAUA